GAGCACACACCUAGAGAUCUUCUGAUUCCCAUGAAGACACGCCAAUUUUCAGCUGGGACACUGACCUUUGAUCUGCCUGUCUCCAGAGCCACGAGAUCUUGGACUUUCGAAGCAGAUACCUUGUGAAGUAAUGGGUUUAAUAAAUGGCCAAGGUCAUCGAAUGGAAAUGUAGGGAAAAACUAUUGGCUUUGAAGAACUUAAAUUCAAAAUGACAUCAACUGAAGAUAAAAAGGCUAUGCAUGAGCGUACGCUUGUGAAUCCACAGCCACCAGUAUACUGUGAUCCAAGUAAACCCAGCCGCAUGACAAAUCAGCUGCAAUAUUUGCAGAAUGUGGUGGUUAAAGCUUUGUGGAAACACCAUUUUGCCUGGCCAUUCCAGCAACCUGUUGAUGCUGUGAAGCUAAACCUGCCUGAUUAUUAUCAAAUAACGAAGAAACCAAUGGAUCUGGGUACAAUCAAAAAACGCUUGGAAAACAAAUAUUAUUGUAAAGCAAUGGAGUGUAUAGAAGACUUAAAUACAAUGUUUACCAACUGUUAUGUUUAUAAUCGGCCAGGUGAUGAUAUAGUUCUAAUGGCACAAACGUUAGAGAAGCUAUUUUUACAGAAGGUGGCAAAAAUGCCUCAAGAGGAAAUAGAACUUCCAGUGGCUAAUAAAAAAGCAACUCAUGGAAAAGGAAAAGGAUCAGUGUCCUCAACUGUGCAAUCAAAGUUUUGUCCACCUGCUUCUGAAGCUACAGUUCAGAAACCAAUAAUAUCAACCGGGACAAAAUCAACAUUACUACCAGUUACUCCAAUUCGACCUCUAAUUUCCGCAAGCCAACCUGUUACAAAAGUAAAGAAAGGUGUAAAAAGGAAGGCAGAUACUACUACACCCACUACUUCAUUUUCUAAUACAAGUAGCAAAUCCUUGCCAAGAAAGCCUACAAAAAUCUGUUCCCAGAAGGUAACCAGUCAGUCCAUCAAGGCGCAUACAAAGGAUUUACUGGAUUCUCAACAGCACCAAGCUGGAAAAAAAGAAAAAAUAAUGGAACUUUUACAAGACUGUAAUAAUAUACUCAAAGAAAUGUUUGCAAAGAAGCAUGUUGCGUAUGCUUGGCCUUUCUAUGAACCUGUGGAUGCUGAGGCAUUGGGACUUCAUGAUUACCAUAAUAUCAUUAAACACCCCAUGGACCUUAGUGCUGUGAAAAGAAAAUUGGGCAAUCAAGAAUACAAAGAUCGAGAAGAGUUUGCAGCAGACAUGAGAUUAAUGUUUUUGAACUGUUACAAGUAUAAUCCACCAGACCAUGAAGUGGUAGCUAUGGCCCGAAAACUUCAGGAUGUUUUUGAGAUGCUUUUUGCAAAAAUAUGUAAGAAUCCUGUAAAAAGUACAGUUUUGGCACAAUCUACAACUCGUAUCGCUGAAUCAUCAAGUGAAAGUAGCAGUGGGAGUUCCUCUGAAAGUAGCUCUGAAAGCUCAGCUAAAGAACAGAAGAGGCGCCUUGCUCAGCUUGAAGAUCAGUUGAAAGCAGUACAUGAGCAGCUUGCAGCAUUAACACGGAUUCCACUCUCUAAGUUGAAGAAAAAAAGCAAAGACAGAAAGGAAAAGAAGAAAAAAGAUAAAAAUAAAUCUAAAAAUUUGGAAUGGAAGAAAAUACAAUCCAAGCAAUCGCAGAAAAAGAAAUUUAAUAAAGCUACUUUGGAAAGCCGGCAGUCAAAGAAAAUGAAGCAGAGUGCUCCUGUUUUGUGUGAUUCAGAAGAAGAGGAUAAUGCUAAGCCAAUGACUUAUGAUGAAAAGAGGCAACUGAGUCUUGAUGUAAAUAAGCUUCCUGGUGACAGACUGGGGCGUGUUGUCCACAUAAUACAGUCAAAGGAACUAUCCUUGAGAGACUCUGAUCCAGAUGAAAUAGAAAUUGACUUUGAAACUUUAAAACCAUCAACACUAAGAGAACUGGAAAGAUAUGUUAUGGCAUGUCUAAGAAAGAAACAAAAAAGUCUUGGUUCAAAGAAAGCACCAGGAAGAUCUAAGGAAGAAAUUCAAUUGGAAAGAAAACAAGAGCUAGAGAAAAGAUUACAGGAUAUGACCGGACAUCUGAAUUCUGGAAAGAAGCAAGCAAAAAUAUCUCAAAAGAAUGAUCCGGCAGAAGAAACAGGUGGAUUUUCCAGAUUAAGUGAGAGCAGCAGUUCCUCAGACUCUGAAAGUGACAGCAGCAGCAGUGACUCUAGUACCUCAUCUAGCAGUGAUUCUGAACCAGAGACAAUUUCAAAAAAGAAAUGGAACAAAAGUAACAAUAUUCUCACUAAGGAGGAAGAAAUGGUAACUUUAACAACAUUAAUGCCAUUGGAAUUGUCAAAUGCUUUUGGGUUUCUAAACUUGUCUUUUCCCUUCCUAAAGCUUGGUCACCCAAAUUACAAGUUGAAAUAUUCCUUGUAUCAGCCAGCAUUGGAUUAUUUUCCUCAAGUGCAGCCAUUAUAUGUCAGAGAAGUAACAGAAUCACCACAAACAUAUAGUCAUCCUAUUUUAUCUGAUAGCCAAAAGACAAAAAUGCGACCUUCUCAGCCAGAGCAAUUUGUUCCAGCAGAGAUAAUAAUUUCACCACCAGGACUUGCUCCAGUUGUAUCGCCAUUGCAGUCACCACCUUUGAAAGUUGCACAUCCAUCAAUGAACUGUUCUCUUCAAUCCAGUCACCCAAAAGAAUCGAGGACAUACAAUAUAGAAGAAGAUGUUAAAUGCUUCCCAAUGAAUCUGACCAUGCCAAUUCCUGAAACAAGCAGUGACCUGAAGUCUAUUACAGUACAAAAAAAUAUGGAGCAUAUCCAUCCCAGAGAAACAAAAACAAAUAGUAACUUGGAAUUAUUGUCAGAGCCCAAAGCCUGCCUUACCCCAAAGAAGGAAAUUGAGGUCAAGAAUGUAAAUUGCUGGACAAAUUUGGGCAAAAUAGUGACACCUACAUCAGCGAUAAAAUCUUGCAGUGAAAGCUUCAAGUUAUUCCGGAAAGCAGUGCUUGAAAAGGAAGAACGUCAAAAAGCUUUAAAAGCUCGGGCAGAAAUCAAAAGACUCAACCUUGAGCAAACUGAGAGUGGAGAAAGGAGUAAAGUGACAGAGCAACACAGCGAACCUGGGAAGGAAAUUGUUCUGGAAUCCACUCCAAGAGAUCCAAGUGGGCUCUGUGAGAAAGCAGCUGAGCAGAAAACGCAUGAUGAGCAGAAAGCACAGCAAGACCGAAAGCUAGCCAGGAAGCUGGAGCAAGAACGGAGGAGGAGGGAAGCAAUGGCAACAACUAUUGACAUGAAUUUACAGAGUGAUAUAAUGGCAACAUUUGAAGAAAAUCUGUAUUAG